AUGUUCGACUCAGUCUGCUUGCUCCCGCUGUUGUCCGACCUCUUUUCUCAGGCCAUCCACCCCAAUGAGCCCGUUGUGUCUGCAGGUCUUGCCUCAGGGCAUGUCCAGACAUUCCGGUUGCCCUCGGAAGAUGCUGGCAGUGAAGACGAUACCGCAUCCAAUGCUUCUGCUAAUGGAAAGGGACAUAUCGAUACCAUGUGGCAGACAAGACGACACAAGGGGAGCUGUCGGACCUUGGGAUUUGGCGUUGAUGGAGAAAUGCUAUACUCGGCAGGCACAGAUGGCCUUCUGAAGGCCGCAAACUCCGAGACUGGAAGAGUGACAAAUAAAAUUGCUAUCCCUCUCGAGAAGAAAGGUGCUAUUGAUGCACCCACUAUCGUUCAUGCACUUUCCCCUCAAACUCUCCUACUCGCAACCGACUCUAGCGCUCUUCACCUCUAUGAUCUGCGGAUUCCUUACGCUAGAAACUCGGCUCGACCAGAACAGUCGCACCACCCGCACGAUGACUACAUUUCUUCCUUGACCCCUCUACCCGCCUCCGAUACCAGUACUUCUGGGUUCAGCAAGCAAUGGGUGACGACAGGCGGUACCUCCUUGGCUAUCACCGAUCUGCGAAGGGGUGUCCUUGUACGCAGUGAGGAUCAAGAGGAAGAAUUGAUCAGCUCCGCGUACAUGGGUGGCCUAACUAGCAGUGGAACUAGCCGUGGAGAAAAAGUGCUUGUUGGUGGAUCAAAUGGUAUUCUGACACUAUGGGAGAAGGGCGUAUGGGAUGACCAAGACGAGCGAAUCUACGUUGAAAAGGGCAAUGACGGCGGCGAGUCAAUUGAUAUUCUGAGUGUCUUCCCAGAUGAGUUAGGUCAUGGCAAGGUUGUCGCAGCUGGUUUGGCGAACGGAUUGGUGAAGUUCGUACGCAUUGGCUCGAAUAAGGUUGUGUCGGAGGUUCAGCACGAUGAGACUGAGGGUGUUGUUGGGCUCGGGUUUGACGUCGAAGGACGUAUGGUUUCCGGCGGAGGUCAAAUUAUAAAGGUCUGGCAUGAGGGUGUCGAUACUGAAGGUGCUGGUGAUGAGAUGGGCGGGGGCAAGCAUAUGAUGGACAGUGAUGACAGUGACGAUUCCGAUGAUAGCGACCGUGAGAACAAACAGACUGCGCAGGACCGCAAGAAGCGAAAGAAGGGCAAGGGCAAGGACCGCAGUGGAGGACAACAUGUCAUGGCCUUCCACGAUAUGGACUGA